AUGACGGGCGGGAACGAUGGAGCGUUGGAGGUAGUAGAGGAAGUGGUACUGGGAGGGGUCGAUCAGGAGGGAAGGGAAGCUGGAAGUACAAGACGGACGCUCAGCUCAACGGUUGCGGUGGUCGAUGACGCGCUAGCAGUGGUGACAAGGCAUUCCGGGAUAAGAGUUUUACAACAACAUGGGAACCAAUGGGAACGGUGUAUUUCGAAUAACCUCAUCAUUAUGGGAAUUCUACUGGGAGCAAGGGAUUAUUGGGUCAAGAAUCUAUACCCCCCAUACCAUGACCACUUCCGUUAUGUUCCCCACCUCUCCUCGUCCUUACGACCAAAUCGUCGAGUAGAGAUGAACAAAGCUGUACAUGGUAUUAGUUUAUUAAAAAGCAAAUAUCCGCGGAACUUCAGACCUGUCAGAAUUGGGAAGCUCAUAAACGACACGCGAGGGCCCAGCUAA